UGUUGAUACAGGGCCAGUUCAGGGCGAUGUAAUCUAAUGUCUGUUUCCAAGCACGUUUAGGCUGAAAUAAAGCCUCUUAUCAUUUACAUUACAAAUGUUUUGUGGCGGGUUGUAAAAAUAGAUACAAUGGUGGGGUGCGCGCCAAAUAAUUUCAUAAAAGGAAGAACUCCGACCAGCGCAUCACUAUAUACAUAUUUAAUUAUUAUGUAGCCUAACUUUUUUAACAAAUACAAAUAAAUCUCCAUUCCAAUUUGUUUAUCAUUCUAAUAACUUACAAUAAACUUUUAAAGAUACUUAUUUUGCAGUGGAAAAAUACAUUAGCAUUCCAAAGCGAACGCGACGCACUGUGAAAAACGUACUGAUUGGUCAUCCGGAUGCUGACAUCAGACAGGUUGGCGUCUACAACGCGUCUACAACGCAUGCGCAGAAGCGGAGAUUAUUAUGAGCCUGAUGACUGAAAUAAGUGGUCAUGAUGCUGCACGGAUCAAACAGCAGCCGCUAUAAAUCCUAAUGCAUCGGCAUGAGAAUUGAAACCUGAUAGCGAUAAGAAUGAGACUGCGGUUUGUAGAUAAACAAUGGCAGCAGGGACAGCGGAUGGUGAUCUAUGGGCUGGUCUUCCUCAUUAUGACCCUCCUCAUCCUCUACAGCUCAAACAGCAACAAUGAUGUGUACAACCAAUUCAAAGUCACUGAGUUUCACCACAUCGUCAAAAACACCGACCUUAAGAAAUGGGCCGGGAAGGAAGGCUACAUACCUGUUCACGGCAACAAGAGCAUGAAUCUCCACUGCCAUCAGUGUGCACUGGUUACCAGCUCCAGUCACGUUUUGGGGUCUCAUGCAGGAGACGAGAUCGACCGUACGGAUUGUGUCAUCCGCAUGAACGAUGCUCCGACCUCUGGGUACGAAUCUGACGUCGGGAACCGAACCACUGUGCGAGUCGUGGCUCAUUCCAGCGUGUUCCGGGUCAUUCGGAAACCGGCGGAGUUCUUUAAUCACUCCGAGAACACCGCAGUCAUAUUCUGGGGCCCGUCGACAAAGAUCGGACGGGAAGCAAAGGGAACUCUGUACCGUCUGAUCCAGAGAGUCAGUAUGACCUAUAGUAACCUUUCCUUCUUCAUCAUCUCUCCCAGCAAAAUGCCGAAGUUUGACAAACUCUUUCAGAAAGAGACCGGCCGAGACAGAAAAAAGUCACAGUCUUGGUUAAGCACAGGUUGGUUUACCAUGGUGAUUGCCAUUGAGAUGUGUGACAACAUAAAGAUUUAUGGGAUGGUACCACCCAACCACUGCAGUAAACAUCCUCAGCCCAAACGAAUGCCUUAUCACUAUUACAAGCCCAGAGGUCCAGACGAGUGCGUGACGUACCUGCAGAACGAGAGAGGACGACGUGGAUCACAUCAUCGCUUCAUCACUGAAAAACAGGUGUUUGCACGCUGGGCCAAGCAAUACAAUAUCACCUUCACUUACCCGACAUGGUGAGCAACGCCGGCUUCAAGCGAGAGAACGAUCCAGUUUAUCUUUUUUCAAAGCGGUGGAUAUGACACAUGGUUGGCUUCGUCUAACAGAUCUUGAUGACCUCCCAAUCAAAAUUGGUUUCAGUUUUUAAACCUGUGUUGCUCAGAAACUCGUCCAGUUUGGCUGCAGGAUUAAGUACUGAGCUGAAAUGGGGGCCAUUCUCGGAUCCAGGAAUAAGCCGAAGAUGGACAAUCUGUUUUCUUUUGGAAUUCUCGGGAAAACGGGUGUGAACAGACUGUGGGACUUUUAUAAUUUUUGUCUUAAGCAUGAUCCAAAAACAUCUACUGUAUGUAUUACUCCUCUUUUUCGACUUUUACUCAUAAUAAUUCAUUUUAAAGAGAAUGAAGGCCUUUUAGAACAAGACGGAGAAAAUACACUUCGUAUUAGUAGCCUAAGGGGGUGUGCACACCAAAGCUUUUAAACACGUCUGAAAACAUCAAGCAGAUGCCAAAUGCCGGCUUUCAGAGCGAAAAAAGCGCCAGCUGCUGGCUUUUUUUUCAAUUGGAAACAAUUGAAAACAGGUUUGGUGUGCACACCCCCUAAAGGUACAUUAAUUUAUAUAUGGUGGUACAAUCAACCCUUUUGAAUGUUUGUCAUUUAAUAAGAACAGAAAUCUGAAUAUAUAAAUAUGGUAAGUAUGGUCAAAUUUAAAUAUUAAGACUGUGUUUUAUUUUGUAAAUAUAAACGAUGUAAAUUGUUAUUUAAAGAUAGUAUUUUUACAUGUUUGUAUGGUUUUAAAACGCCCUACAAAAGAGAUUAAAGACAUGUAAAACCAGAUGUUCGGAUAACUUCAUGUGGUAAUCAUCCAAUUUUUAGAUUAACAACAACUUUGCUAUAUUUAUAUCUAGAAACAUUCCAGUAUUUCUUUGUUCAGACCUUUAUAAAAUCCUUCUGACUGUCAUUAGCAUGCAAAGUCAAUAAUUACAGUUGAACUUUAUUCAGCCUUAAACUCCAGCCAUGAAGAACACAUCCAGCUUAUAUACAGUGUUGGGGAAAGUUACUUUUAAAAGUAAUGCAUUAUAACAUUAGGUUACUCCCCCAAAAAGUAACUAAUCGCAUUACUUAGUUACUUUUUAUGGAAAGUAGCCUAAUACUUACGUUAAAGUUACUUUUGCGCUACUUUUUCUUACUUGGCUGAGGCUUGAUCUAUUUCAGGCCUUGCAGGUGUUAAUGAAUGAGAAAUUUUUCAUUCAGAAAUCGCAUUUAUUUUUCAUUCAUCGCAAAAAUGUCAAGCUCUGGCCUGCCAUCUCCGUUUUGGAUUCAAACUGUUUCCGCUAAGGUGCCCACGCAUAAGAGUGCGUAAUUCUACGUGACUAUGUUCAGUUUAAUUCAGUACAUGAAAAGUGAACUGAAACUCGCAUUACUGUUUUUAAAAAGUAACUCAAAUAUUAAUGUGUACAUUUAUAAAGUAAUGCGUUACUUUACUCGUUACUUCAGAAAGUAAUAUUAUUACAUAAUGCACAUUACUUGUAAUGCGUCACCCCCAACACUGCUUAUAUAGAUAUACAUAUAUACAUAUUUUAUACAUAAAUAUAAUUAUGUUGCUCUUAAAGGUGCAUUGUGUAACUUUUAGAAGGAUCUCUUGACAGAAAUCCAAUAUAAUAAACUCUAUUAUCAACAAUGUUUAAAAACCUUACAUAAUGAAACUGUACUUUUUUAUUACCUUACAAUGAGACGUUUUUUAACUACAUACAUCGCGGGUCCCUUACAUGGAAAGCCGCCAUUUUGUGCCACCAUGUUUCUACAGUAGCCCUAAACGGACAAACUGCUCUACACAAUGUGUUUCGUCGUUACAAUAAAGGCACAAUAUGUAGAGACGUAUGAAUUCGCUAAUCAUGUUCAUGAAUGAGGUAAUGAAUUAAUGUUUUUUAAGCUGUAUGUUUGUUUACAUUAUUUUUAUGCCGUUGUAAUGAAUUAGCUGCAAGGCACAACAGAUCCGUGUUAGAUGCUGUUUAACCGCCACUAUCGCAUUUGUCCACUCGUGUUGCCUACAGUUUUUACAACCGGAAACUGAGGAUAGCACGAAUAUUAAUAUUAUUGACCAAUACACGAGACGAACCAUUAUUUAAAACGGGAAUUAUUCUGGAUUUACAAAUCCUUGGGAACUUUUAGGAUAAAAUAAAUGCACAACUGCAUUAUAUAUCACUGUGCUAGUGGUUUUUGGUAGUUUUUAUAUUUUAAAAAUCAUACAUAUUUAUAUACAUUGUGGCUUUAACCUCUUCGCUUGACUGUCUAAUCUCUGCUGCCUGUCUCAGACGAUGAUGUGUUUGUCCUGUGUCAGCCACGGUAGCUUCUCUAUGUGUUUCGAAAGGGAAGACUGAGCAGCUGGUUGCAAUUCACGACCUCACCGCUAGAUGGCGCUAAAAUUUACACAUUGCACCUUUAAGCAAAUGAAAUGAUAAGAUUCAUCCAACAAACCAAAACAAAAUUCAUAUCUUAACACCAAAAAUACCACAAACAUACUGUGUUAUGUGUAGAUGCCUUUAUAUAAACCACUUCUGAUGUUAUUGAUGGGUUGUACAACUUUAAUUCCUUUGGCUAUAGCUGUUAAUACACAUUUACACUUUUAAUACGUGUUUUUCAUUGGACAAUGCUGUUGCUUUUAUUGAAGAAAUCAGGUUGUCGGUGUUAAGGAACUGAAAGGUCUGAGGAAGAUCUGCGCUGGUUAAUGUGUUUACCUUUGACCCAUCUGGUGCUCAGAUUACACAUCUGAUUUGGGAUUAAGCAGUGUAAUGGUUAACAAUGCAGAAUCACAUGAGUACACCUGGGUUCAAGCACUAUGUGCUGAACAGUUCCACAUGAAUUGGACUUGAACCCAAAACUUUUUCAUUUGGAUUUUAUAGGGUCACACUGUUAAAUGGCUGGAGGCCUUAUUAUCCUUGUCCUUUUGUUCUCAUAUUAGCCAUUAUAAAGUGCAGAAGAGAAGAGGAUUCUGGUUAUGGACAUGUAUGGCUAUGGUGUAAUUGGAUUUGGUUGUAUUCAGGACUGAAGGGUGAGCAAUAUGGUGAAUGUAUUAUCUGAAUUAUUUUCUCUGAUUGCAGUGAUAUAACAGUAUAUAACUGUGCUCGUAUCAUGAUGAAUGUCCUUUACAUGCCUGUCUUAUAAAAUAAAC